CAGUGGGAGUGGCUGGUCGUGAGAUAGAUACCUUUUACUGAGACGUUAGCAGCCACAGGCAGGUAAUCUGUACCUGUGCAGAGAAGGUUUGGAGGAACAGAGCAGAUCUGUUUCGUCUGUUUUGCGCCAACGGGACUGCGACGUUUUAUGUUGCUUCUUUUUGCGCGUGAACUACUGGAGUCGAGAAUUUUGGACAUAUUGUGCACGAGAAGGAUUUAACAGUCUGCUGUAUUUACGAGAAAUGGAUUCCAACGGCAUUGCUGAGAAACAAUGUUUGGAGGAUGACAAGGACCUGCAGUUCCUGAUGAGUGGUGGAAAUCUUUUGAAAGUCCGCUCGGGUUCAUGGAAAAAGCCACGCUACUACAAACUCCAGGACGACUGCAAGACCCUGUGGCAUGAAUCCAAAAAGACCCUGAAGUCCAAACAGACAUUCUCUGUUGAGGACAUCGAGGAGGUGCGAACAGGUCGGCAGACGGACAGUUUGAAGAAGCACACAGAGGAGUCUGUGGAGGGUCGAGCGUUCUCCAUCUUGUUUAAGAGCCAACAGAAGAGCCUGGACCUGAUCGCCAGCUCUGAGGAAGAAGCCAAGAAGUGGGUUGAUGGUUUGGAGAAAGUCAUCUCAAAUAUGAAGAACCUCAAUCCGCAGAAGAAAACGGAGCACUGGAUCUACAGCUGUAUGCGUAAAGCAGAUCAAAACUUUGAUAACAAGAUCAGUCAGAAAGAGCUGAAGAGCUUUCUACGAGACAUCAACAUUGAGGUGGAUGAAGACUAUGCUGCAAUGCUCUUUCAGAAAUGUGACAAAUCACAGUGCGGAUUCCUAGAGGGCGAGGAGAUUGAGCAUUUCUAUGAAAUCCUGACCCAAAGAGAGGAGAUUGAGGUCAUCUAUGGAGCGUAUGCAAAGACCGACGGUCUUAUGAGCGCCGCUGACCUGCUGAACUUCCUGUUGAACGAACAGAGAGAGGACGCGUCUCAGAAUGAUGCCCUUCAGCUUAUUGAGAAAUAUGAGCUUGAUGAAAAUGCCAAAGCCCAACAGCAAAUGACAAAAGAUGGCUUCCUGAUGUACUUGCAACAGCCAGAGGGGCUGAUCUUUAACCCGGCUCAUAAAAGUGUUUACCAGGACAUGAACCAGCCUCUCAACCAUUACUUCAUCUCCUCCUCUCACAACACAUACCUGCUGGAGGACCAGCUCAAAGGACCCAGCAGCACCGAGGCGUACAUAAAAGCACUUCUCAAGGGCUGCCGCUGUGUGGAGUUGGACUGCUGGGAUGGAUCAGAUGGAGAGCCGGUCAUUUAUCAUGGAUACACUCUCACCUCGAAGAUCCUCUUCAAAGAUGUGAUAAAAGUCAUUAAAGAAUAUGCUUUUAAGACGUCCGAGUAUCCUGUGAUCCUGUCUUUGGAGAACCACUGCGGUGUGGAGCAGCAGAAGAUCAUGGCUCAGCACUUGAUCUCCAUCCUGGAUAGUGCUCUGGUCACCAAACCCCUCAGAGAUCAGAUGCCCACGUGCCUCCCUUCCCCAGAGGAGCUCAAAGGCCGUUUCAUAGUCAAAGGGAAAAGACUAGACAAACUUGAGGACAUGUUUUCAGAGGAGUCCAAAACAGCAGAAGAAGACAGUGUAACAGAGGAAGAAGAUGAUGAAGGUGACCAAGAAGACCAGGAAAAGAAGUCUAGUAAAACAAAGUCGCUGAAGUUGGCGAAGGAGCUGUCUGAUAUGGUGAUCUACUGCAAAAGUGUCCACUUCCGAGGGUUUGAGGAUUCCCGGGACAAGCAGUCCUUUUAUGAGAUGGCCUCCUUCAAAGAGGGAGAAGCUGUGAAACUGGCAGAGGAAUCAGCAAACGAUUAUAUCCAUCACAACACAGACAAACUCAGCCGGAUUUAUCCAGCAGGACUGAGGACGGACUCCUCAAACUAUAACCCUGUGCCUCUGUGGAACGCAGGCUGUCAGAUAGUGGCCCUUAACUUCCAGACCCCCUGCCCAGAGAUGGAUCUGAAUCAGGGGCUCUUUCUCCAAAACGGACGGAGUGGUUACAUCCUCAAGCCUUCUUUCCUACGAGACCAAGACACUAAGUUUGACCCCAUCACUCUCCCCGAGGGACCGUGGUUAAAGAAUAAAUCUCUUCAUCUGAUGGUGAUCUCAGCCCAGCAGUUACCCAAAGUGAGUAAAAGGAAGUCCUCUAUUGUUGAUCCCAUUGUGAAAGUGCAGAUCUACGGUGUGCCAGCUGAUACGACUGUGGUGGAAACGCAGUACAUUCAGAAUAACGGCUUCAACCCCAUGUGGAAUGAGAACUUCCAGUUUAAUGUGCGAGUGCCAGAUCUAGCCCUCGUGCGCUUUUUGAUUGAGGACUACGACUCCACUUCCAGCAAUGAAUUCAUUGGCCAGUACACACUUCCCUUCAACAGCCUAAAGAACGGAUAUCACCAUGUGCCACUGCUCACUGAGAAAGGAGACCACCUUUCCUCCGCUGGGCUUUUCGUUCAUAUCAUGGUUGUGGAUGCUGAAUAACAUGAUGGUGCAGGUUUUAUACUGUGUCUGAGAUGAUCUUAUGUGGCUUUAUUCAACAGCGCAGACAUCUCAAAAGGUCGGCAAAAAAUGAGGCAGCUUGAUUCUUAUGGGUAAAUGAGAAAUCGUGGGAAUAGAGCAACUUUUCUAAAGGUGCGAAAUGAUGGUCUCACAUAACAAUAACGCUUUUGUACUUUUUACAAUUUGUAACAACAUUUAUAUUUUUUAGUAUGCCAAAUAAAUGAUUUAAUAUUGAGUGUCAGCCUUUAGUCUUAGUUAAACGGAGCACUGUUUUUAGUAGAUUUUAGCAGAGGAAUAAUUUGAUUGGGAUUACAAAUAAGACCACUCCGUCCUCUGGGUAGUUUCUCUAGAUAAUGUUUUAAGCCUGCAUUAGAGGUUGUAUUUUUGUCUUAUGUAGUUCCUUAUAACAUCUGAUUAAUGUUUUCAUUAAAUGAGGUAAUCAAUUGUCGUAUUUUUGGCUGAUACUAAUAAAAUCAGUGAUUCCGAUAAAACAUUACCAACUGUAUGCAUCCAUGUAAAGGUGAAAUAAAUGUAAGUUAUUCAAAA